AUGGCUGUUCCCAAUACCUAUGUGCUGAUCUUUGCCUGUACCUGUGGAGUGAUCCUGGGAAUCGGGCUCUGUGCCAACCUGCUGGUCUUUUCUCUGUUUGCAAAGUACAACACGCUGCGUAAAAACCGCCUCGACAUCCUCCUACUCAGUAUGACUCUGGCCGACUUCCUCACCCUCCUGCUUAUCCCCUUCACCCUGCACUCCUCCGUCAGCCACUCCUGGCCUCUGGGUAACAUUUCCUGCAAGGUCUACCAGUUCCUGCUGGCCUUCAGCCUGGCCGCCAGCACCUACUCACUGUGUGCCGUGUCUGUGACUCGGGCCAUGAUUAUCACUAAUCCGUACCAGCCACCCACUAUGGACCUGGUCAUCUUCAUGUUUGUUCUGGUCUGGGCCCUCAGCUUCUUCAUCAGCCUGCCGCUGCGUAUGUUUGCCACCAAAGACAGCCUGGGCCCAAGCCUGGCUAACUUCACCUUCUGCCUUCCAACCAUUCAUGAGCACCACUACCAAGUGGUCCUGAGCCAGUUUGUACUUUACUACUUUGUUCCAAUGCUAGUCAUCGCCUUCAAUUAUGUCCGGCUGGCUCUUUUUCUCCACAAGAGUCCUGUAAUGUCGGUGUCCAGUGCCAGGAACACCCGCCGUGCCUCUGUCAUGGUGUUCUUGGCUGCUGCUACCUUCUCAGUGUGCUGGCUGCCUGGUUAUGUGCUGGAGCUGUGUGUGUACCUGGAGCUAUACCGCCAAGGACAGGCUUGGGAGAUGUUUUACUUCACCUGUACUGUGCUGCAGUACCUGCACCCCUGUAUCAACCCUGUGCUCUAUGUGCUGCUGUCAAAGCGCUACCGCCACAGGAGGGCAGCCUGGCUCUUCAGCUGUAACAGAAACAGAGUGCAGCCGCAGGUCAUCAGCGUCACCACAGACAGCUUUUAAAUACAGCUGACUGAGCAAUGAGUUGGUGACUUUAGGGACACUUUUUAUAUUAACUCUUUAUAUAAAUCAACUGCUUAUGUGAACAAUAAGACAGAUGUCGUUUGUGAUUACUUCCAGAUUUCCCUUCCACAUUUGAGGUAUGAAUGUAAUUUUUUUUUUUUUUUACAUUUGACUACAAUCAUAUUUUCUCAAAAAGCAGCAGUGAAUUUUAAUAUCUGAAUCUAAUGCCUUUUUAGGGAA